GCGUCCAGCCCGUGUCUGAAUGCAGGAUCAUGUGUUGACCUCCUAGACAAGUAUGCAUGCUUUUGUCCAGCUGGUUACACGGGCAAAACCUGUGAGAUCGACAUAGACGCCUGCAGUCAGGCCUCGGUAAAUGCCUCUCUCUGUUUUAAUGGAGCAACGUGUGUCGACGGUGAAGGAUUAAACUUCACAUGCAGCUGUCCACCAGGAUUCACGGGGGAUUUUUGUGAAGUGGAUGUUAACGAAUGUUGCUCGGCUCCCUGCCACAAUGGCGCUAUUUGCCAAGAUCUUAUUAAUAGCUUUGUCUGCCACUGCAGGCCAGGUUGGACAGGCCUUCACUGUGAGGAUGACAUUAAUGAGUGCCUUCCACAGCCCUGCAACCAGGGGAUAUGCAUUCAGAACGAUCCAGGCUAUGGCUACACCUGUUUCUGUCGGCCUGGAUUUGUGGGGAGAAACUGUGAGAACAACUAUGAUGACUGCCUACAAAAUCCAUGUCCAGAAGCAUAUUCCUGUGUAGAUGGCAUCAACAAGGUCAGCUGUGUCCCUCAUGUUACGGAUACUGCUCCCUUGGUGACUGUAGUUGAGAACAUUUCUCACAGCUCCACAGUCAGAACACCAGUGCUCGGUCCAGCAUCGUUAGCUCAGCUUUCCAAAGAUUCAAGCUACAAUCAUUAUUUUGGGGAUUCAUACCUGGAGUUUGAAGGUUUUGAGCUCAGUGCACUCAACAACAUGACUUUGAGAUUUCAGACUUUAAUGGCCAAUGGAACAAUACUUUAUGUGGACCAAGGACCCGCUAAUGGCGAUUUCUUUUUCACAAAACUCUUUAUUUUAGAUGGAAUACUACAGUAUUCCUUUUGCUGUAAUGAAGAUGAAACAAUUACAACGAUCAAUACUUCAAUUCAUGUUGAUGAUGGCAAAGUGCACAUUGUUAACAUCAGACAGCACCUUGCUCCCUGUGAAGCAGAACUUAUGCUUUCUGGUCAUGAGAAAAUCAAAAGUACAGCAAGUACUUACUGGCUGGGAGACAUGAUCAAAAGGACAAACCACAUCUUUGUAGGAGGUCUUCCAAAACAGUAUCUGUACAGUCAGGCUGCUAAACCUUUUCAUAACUACACUGGCUGCAUUGAAAUAACUGAAAUUAAUAAUCUGAGAGACUUCUACACAUCUGAUGCCAGAAAUAGCAGGAAUGUGGACCGAUGCAGAUUUCCAUUGUAUGACAGACAAGGCUCUCAAAGUUCUUCAGUUCUGACAACUCUAUUGCCUGCCAAGCUGAACAUGAAGGGGACAACUCCCACACCAGCUCCAAAAUAUUCUCCGUACGACUCUCAGGUGUGCCACGGCGGUCGUUGUCUUCACGGCGGAACAUGUCAUCAGAUGCUCGGUGGAGCGUUACCUUCCUGUCAGUGCCCGCUUAAUUUUACUGGAACUUUCUGUGAGAAAGAAACUAAAAUAUACAUCCCGUCCUUCAAUGGCUCGUCUUAUUUGGAGCUGCAGCCGCUCGCGUCUCUUCUCCAGGCUUCUGUUGUGAGUAACAGUCCACCUGCUGCGACCAGCGAUGCCUCUGUUAAUCUCCAUGUGACAGUGAAGACAAAAUCUACCCAGGGUACCAUCCUCUAUACACAGGCAGAGAACUCUGGGGAUCAGUUCCUUCAUGUGUUCCUUCAGGAUGGAAGUCCUGCUGCUACACUGGGUUGCAGCGGCAGUCAUGUGUUGAAUACAGCAUCAGGCCAGAACAUCAACAAUAACAGAUGGAUGUCAAUCACAGUCAGAUACACUCUUCCUGUAGGCCAGCACGGAGGGUCAUGUAUGAUUGAAAUAGCUGCAGAUAAUGGCGCCACUGAGCGUGUUGAAGAGCAUGUGUCACACCCUGUAUCAGAGGGAACCUUUGGGCCCAUAUUUCUUGGAGAUGUUUCAUCCCGCUGGGAGCUGCAUGACAGUACAAAGGGAGCACAGAGAUUCAUUGGCUGUAUCAGAGAGCUGCAGGUCAACUCAAAGGAAGUCUUCUUGCUGGAAGAGGCAGCGAGUGGGAGAAACAUCAAGAACUGUGACCCACCUGUCUGCCAACACCUUCCCUGUCAUAAUGGUGGAACUUGUGUCAGUGAUGGUGAGGACUGGUUCUGUGAGUGCCCCCUGCUCUACACGGGUUUGCUGUGCCAGUUCGCCACCUGCGAGCGUAACCCCUGCGGUCACGGAGCCACGUGCAUUCCAAAAUCCCCUCUGGAAGCUGUGUGUCUUUGCCCCUACAGACGACAAGGGCUAUUAUGUGACGAACCCCUCACUAUAACCCGUGCCAGAUUUGAUGGAAGUGACGGCUUUGGUUACACCUCCUUUAUGGCUUUUUCCUCUAUCCCAAGCCUCGCUUUCUUCUACGAGUUCAAACUGAAGUUCACACUUGCCAACAAUUCAUCCGCAGUGAAGGACAACCUGAUGGUGUUCGCAGGACAUAAGGGACAAGGCAAUGAUGGGGAUGACUUCCUUGUUUUGGGGAUACGUCAUGGGAGGGUUUUCCAUCGAUUCAACCUUGGAUCAGGUGUUGGAACCAUAGUCAGUGAACGAAUAAACCACCAGAUCAGCAUUCACACUGUUACCUUUGGAAGGGCCAAAAAAACUGGAUGGCUGAAGGUUGAUGGCCAGCGUAACAGGAUGGGAUCCUCUCCAGGACCCCUGGUGGGCCUCAAUGUUUUCAACCAGCUUUUUGUGGGCGGAUAUAAUGAGUACACCCCUGAACUGCUGCCACUUGGCUCUAGGUUCCGUCACGGUUUUCAGGGUUGCAUAUUUGACGUGCAGUUCCGCAGAGGAAUAGGCAUGAAGUACAGCGCACUUGGACAUCCAGCCUUCGGGCGCAGUGUGGGUCAGUGCGGAGUCAACCCAUGCGAUCACAUCCACUGCAGAAAUGGGGGCACGUGUGUUGACUCAGGCUCGUCUGUGUAUUGCCAGUGCCCGUUUGGAUGGAAGGGUGCACUCUGUUCCAACACCGUGUCUGUGUGCGAUGCCGAGCACCGUCCCCCUCCUCUCUGUGCAGGCGGCUCCACCUGCAUCCCUCUGCCAAAUGGUUACACCUGCAAGUGCCCCCUGGGAACUGCAGGACUGCACUGCGAGAAAGUGGUGACCAUCAGCGAUCCAUUCUUCAGCAGUAAGCAGUCUUCAUGGAUGUCUUUCUCACCUGUGAGGAUGAGACACAGGACUGUCCUCCAGCUGCAGUUCCAGCCUUUAUCACCUGAUGGCAUCCUUGUCUAUACGGCACAGCAUCUCAGUGCCAGAGCUGGAGAUUUCUUUUGCCUCUCAUUAACAUCAAGGUAUGUUCAGCUACGAUACAACCUGGGUGAUGGCACCCACAUCCUGCAGUCUGCUCAUAAAGUGGACACUAGUGGAAGGAUGUGGCACACAGUGAGGGCAGGCAGGAUUGGUCACCGAGGUUUCCUACAACUGGACAAUAACUUGAUCAGAGAGAACACAACCCAAGGGAUGGCAACCCUAGAUGUGUCAACGGACAUCUUCAUAGGAGGCGUGUCCACGCUGAGUUCUGUCACUUCAGAGGCAACUGAGGCAGAGCCAAUGGGCUUCACGGGGGGCCUGAGAGAACUGAUUCUCAACAGUAAAGAGUUUGAGCUGACCGAGAGGGGGGCUCAUAGUGGAGAAAACGUAGGAGACUGGGACGGAACAGCCUGUGGUUACAAGGUCUGCCAACAUGGAGGACGCUGCAAGGUGACAGGCACAGACUCUUUCACUUGUACCUGCUCACCCCUGUGGACCGGCCUGGUGUGUAACCAGUCCGUAACCUGUGUAAACCACAUGUGCAAGCACGGGUCGAUGUGUGCACCAACUAGUGUCAGCUCCUAUGACUGCAUAUGCCCCUUAGGCUGGGGGGGUACGUAUUGUGAAGCAGUAAUAUCUACAGAUACUCUCAAGUUUGUGGGAAACUCCUAUGUCAAGUACCAGGAUCCAAGAUACAACACAAGGAAUUUAAGAUGCACAGAAAUUUACUUCAGCUUCUGCACGAGCACAAAUGACAGCUUAAUCAUGUGGCUGGGAAAAGCAGAACAUGAAGACGAUGACUACCUUGCAGUUGGACUUCAAAACGGACAUCUAAAGAUUGCAGUGAAUCUCGGAGAAAGACUUUCCCUGCCACUAACUGUCAGCAAUCUGACACUUUGUUGUGACAAGUGGCACAACGUCUCACUAUCUUUAAACAGCACCGUUAUCCAAGUUUUCCUCAACAAUAAUGGAGUGCUCUUAAAAGAUGUGGACCCUUUUGAACGUUAUGUAGCUUUAAAUUACGGAGGGCAGCUUUACUUUGGAGGAUUUGAAUUAUAUAGAAAUCUGUCAAUUGUGACAUCAGGCUUGUUCUCAAAAGGAUUUGAAGGAAAUCUCAGAAAUGUCCAUUUGUUUAAUGAUACAGAACAGUCUCUUAUGGUCAAAACCAGUGAGGGUUUUAACAUUUAUCAGGGCAAUUAGUAGUAGAAUAGCAUGAGUGAUAGUUUUAAUACCCAUCUCACGUAAAAUUUCUAAGUUCAUCAUUUUAUGCACCAACUGUAAAUUAAACUGUUUGGAUUGCAAGUCUGGUUUGAAAGAGUUUGGUCCACUAGUAUUUGUACACACCACAAUGAAGUUUAAAUUAAAUGAAAAUGUGCUUAUAUUGCAGACUUUCAGCUUUAACAAAAAUAUCACAUUAAAAAUUUAGGAAUUACAGCCAUUUUUAUGCAGUCCUCCUAUUUUCAGAGGCCAUAAUUAACUGGACAAACUAAUUAUUACUGUUUGUACAAAUUAUCACCUUCACAACCAGUUUUCUUUAGAUAUGCCAAGCAAUGGAUACAAGAACACUUCCAAGGCACUGGACGUCAUUUAGAUUAAUCAUUAAGAAACACAGUAUGGUACUGAAAAUCAGUAAGGUAUUCUGUGGUAAAUGCUGCUGUAGGCAAUUCUCAACAAUUGACCAUGUGAGGGAAGCCACCAAGAAACACAUGGCAACUCAGGAGUUACAGGUUUCUAUGACUGAGUGGAGAAAAUGCACAGUCAAAUAUUUGCCUAUACAGAUUCACGAUGAAGCGGAACAAAGGAUUUUGAAUUAAAGUUGAACAUUUAGACUCCUGCUCAAAGUCUACAUGACAGGCACAGCUUGACAAUAACUUUGUGGUGUACAAAAGCUAAAUUACCAAAACUGUUGACGUUCAACUUAAACCUGUAACCUGAUGUUCCUCAUUGUGAGCAAGUCCUACUUCAAAUUAAAUUUCAUCAAGGAACCUCAAAUUCUAGUCACCUUCUGUCCCCAGAAGUAGAGAAAUUGUGUAAUUUUUACCCCUUUAGUGCCGGCCCUCAAACGAGACUGCGCU